UGUGGCCACAGUUGAUAAUCUCACAAACAUGAAUUUCUUGGUUCUCGUGUUCCUGGCGGCUGCCGUUUGCGCUUCUGAUGUUGAGAAGCGAGAUGCGGAGCCCACACAAUUAUAUUACCGUCCACACUAUUACCGUCCACACUACACCCCGCACACUCAUCAUGCUGGCAAAAGGUCGGCAGAGCCAGAGGCUGAACCUACCUACCCUCAGCACUAUGUUCCGUCCAACCAUUACUUGAAUAUCUACAAACGCUACCAGAGAUCUGCAGAGCCAGAGGCUGAACCUACCUAUCGUCAGCACUACAUCCCGUCAUACCAUUACAGGAAUACCCACUAUCGCUACCAAAGAUCUGCAGAGCCAGAGGCUGAACCUACUUACCCUACCUACUACGUUCCAUCCUACCAUUACCAGCAUGGUAAAAAUCGCUACCAGAGAUCUGCUGACCCUAUUGCUGAUGCUAAUCCUACUCAUCCCCACUAUGGUUAUGGGUAUCCUACCCAUUACUACGGCUAUGCCACCUACAGACAACACCCUAUUUACAAGAGAUCUGCUGAUCCCAUUUAUGUUCCAUACCAUGGUAAAAGUUAUUAUUCCCACAACUAUUACCCUUAUUACUAAGGCACCCAAAAGCAACACAGUAUUAAUUGGCUUCAACUAAUGUAGCAUUAGAAGCAUUACUUGCUGUGAAAUAAAAUAUUA